AAGGCCUUCCGGCUCCCACAACACUUGACUGGCGCAGCCGGUAGGAUUUUCGCGUCGCAUUUUACUCAAAAUCAGAAAAAUUCGACGAGCGUUUUCUAACGUUUUCAUACGAGAAUCCUCGAACCAAACAAAUUCGUCAAGAAGAACGGCAGGCCAAGGCAGAGCUCCAGAUUAAGACUCACCAGGAGGGACAUGGACAGCAUGCACCUCCUGCUCGUCCUGGCGAUGACCACGGUGAUGCAUCUCCACGCCCUUCAACUUCAGGAACUAAAUAAAAAUCCUGGAAUAUUACCUGUAAGGCAAGGAACCGCAGUAGUUAGUAAUAAGCAUUGGAUAAUAGUUAAGACACUAAAUUUCCAACCUAUGACGGAAGACGUGAAAAUAAAUGUCUUAAAAACCGUAGAAUUAAAUACAUUAGUUUUUAACUUAGAUAAGAAUUUUUCAUAUACUUUUAUAGAUUUAAAAUUACAAUUAGAUUAUAUUAAAAACUUAACUAUUGAUAAGCUUCAACAAGUUACUCCUUCUUCGAGAAUUAAACGAGGUUUACUGAAUCCAUUAGGUUCACUUAUAAAGAUUAUUACAGGAAAUCUUGAUAAUGACGAUGCCAUAAGAUAUGAUAAAAUAAUUACACAAUUUAAAAAUAAUCAGAAUAUUAAUAAUCGUAAAAUAACGCUGAUCACAGAAAUGGUACAAACUAUAGCUAACACUACAUUUAAAUUAAAUGAUAAUCUAUUUCAAAUAAAUAACGCUAUUAAUUCAUUAUCGACGAAUAUAAGCAUCUUAUUUCAAAGGGAACGUUUAAAUCAUAUAGAAAUAAGAAUAGAAGCCGAUGAGUCCUUCUACUUUUGCCCCGAGGACGACACAACCCAGCUGAUAAAGGAUGCUUGUAUAACCGACCUGAUGAUGUACGCUGAAAACAUAUCAUCAUGUCUUCCAAUUCCAGUCGAUUUAGAAGCCGUCAGGGUGCAGCUCAUACAACAGAAUACAUGGAUUCUAUAUACUAAGGAGCCAACUUUACUUACCAAGUUAUGUACUGAUGAAGUAUCAAGACAAAAGAUAUACGGUACAUACAUAAUAACAUUAGAUGAUAACUGUUCAGCCAGAAUAAAGGAUAUUAAUUUAACCAGACAACCUGUAGAAAAUGAAAGCUCCACAUAUCUGAAAGUACCCUUAAUAAAUCUACCAACGAUAAACUUACCUGCAGAAGCGCCGCCCCUGAAGCCGAUGAACCUGAAAGGAAUAGAACUUACAAACCUGAAACUCUUAUCAAUCGCCCUAGCGAAAAGUGAUCCUGAAAAUAGUGAAAGUGAAAACUCAAUUGUGAAAAUUAAAAGU